AUGGCCAACUGGCCCGCACUCCGAUCACUUACUUUCAACGACAUCCCCAUGCCCGGAUUUGAGUUGCAAACAAAUCCACUAUUUCCAGACCACACGCUCACAUCUCUUAUCUCCCUACCUUUUCUCCGGAACCUCGAGAUCUCUGAUGACCUAUAUGGGUGCUCUCUUCCCAUAUUUACAUCCGCCAAACUUCCCUCCCUCCGCUCACUCUCUUACACCUUUGACCCCUCCGCCUACAAAGGUCACCCCUUUGACGCCAUCGUUGCCGCUUACUCGCAUCUCACCGAGCUCACGCUGAUCGUGCUGUCAUGUAGCCGGGACAGGCACCUCUCCGACUUCCUCUCCCACCUCGCGUCCCUCCAGCAGCUCCGCGUAGUCAACAUCACCCUCCGCACCGAACUCCAGACCUACAACGCGAACGACCUCCGGACGCUCCUGGCCAUGUGGCCUGCCCUUGUCGAGCUCCGGAUCGCGGUCCGCGAUUACGAUGAGGACCCGGACAACGACAUACGGCCGCCGUUCGACGUGCUGCCGGAGCUCGCGGGGGCGUUCCCCGCGCUGCGCGUGCUGCAUCUGCCGCGGACGGUGCUCGUUCCGGGCACGCUGGACGCCGCGCGCCGCGCCGGCGUUGCACCGCACCGCAGCCUGUACGACCUCCGAAUCGGUCUGGUUGUCGUGCGCGGUCGGCGCGACGAUAGUCGGGACGAAGAAGCCAAGCGCGAGGUGCGCACGUUCCUCAACGCGUUGUUUCCGAUGGCUGGGCACCGGGUCAAGGUCGAGACGAACCCUGCCGUGUAA